CUCCCUUACUACCGCCAAAUAUGUUUCGCCAUAAAAACGCGUAGCAUCAAUAAACACUACAAGUACCGGCGCUGAGUACGCACUGUAGCGACUGAAGUCUAUAUUUUACAGGAGAGUGUUAACUUCUACGACGUAUGCCGUGGAGAAACAUAGUACUUCAGUUGUAAGUGUGCACCUGUAAGACGAAGAGUUAUAUUCCACCACAAUGGCACCAAGGCAACAGAUUCCAGAUUUGUCAUCCUUCAGCAGUAAAGAAGUGGCAGCAUUUCUCAGUUCAUUUGAUACAGUUCUGACCGACUGUGAUGGUGUGUUGUGGAUGGGUGACCAGCAGAUUCCAGGCUCUAUAGAAACAAUUAAAAAGCUUGAUGAAAUGGGGAAAAAAAUAUUUUUUAUAUCUAAUAACAAUCUUCUGACUGUUGAAAAAUAUCUAAUGAAGAUCCAAGCUAUGGGCUACAAUGCUACAAAGGAGCAGAUUUUAAUACCUGGUGUUACCAUAGCAGCCUAUUUGAAAAGUGUGGAUUUCAAUAAGAAAGCAUAUGUGAUAGGAACCAGGUCACUUAUUGCAACAUUAAAAGAAGCUGGGAUUGAUUGUCAUGGAGAUGAGCCCGAACUUGCAGAGACUUCUUUAUCUGGAUUCAAAAAUCAAAUCACAUCCCUUGAUUCAUCAUAUGGUGCAGUUGUUGUUGACUAUGAUCCCAACAUCAAUUACUUAAAAAUGAUGAAAGCUGUUGUUCUGCUGAAAAAACCUGAUUGUAUAUUUGUUGCUGGAGCAACAGAUGAAACUGUAAUGUUUCGUAGUGAUCUGAAAAUGAUAGGUCCAGGGAGUUUCCUUUCAAUUAUGGAAACGGUUUCUGAAAAAAAUGCUGUUAUUCUUGGCAAACCAGGGUUAUUUAUAAAAGAUGUUGUAUCAAGUAGACAUUCUAUUGUUCCUUCGAAGACCCUUAUGAUUGGAGACAUUACUGCUUCUACUUUGAAUAUAGAUGACACACUGUAUUGCGUAUAAGAAUAUUAUCAAGAAAACAUUAUUUGAUUGUAUGAUUUACCUGUGAUAAUUCAGAAAUGGCACUCAUUGUUUUAAAAAUGUACUGCUCUCAGUAAAAUAUCACACAGUUCCUAAGUUUUGUACUUCUAUAGUUGAAUUUGUGAUGUAUUACUCUCUCUAUAUUUCUAGAUGUUAAUAUUUUUAGUCAUAUGAAUACAAAAAAAUGACAAAAAUACAGUGAUAAUUGUGUGUACUUGUUGAAUCAUUAUUUCCUUUAUUUAGAUCAUAAUUUUACACUCUAGUAAGUUCUGGAAAGGUUAAAAAAGUUGAGAUGCUGGAAGUAGCAUGCUGAUAAAUGACCACCUACUGUAACACAUAUUGCUUUAUUAUGUGUGUAUUGCUGAAAUUUAUCAUGAUAUAACAAUUUUCACCAGCUAAGCUGAAAAAUGUGGUUUUACAAACAAACUACUAUGUGAUAAAUCAAUAAGUACCAUUAAUUUAUGUGUUCCUUUAAAUAUGCAUCAUUCUCUUAUUUAAAGGCAUCAAAAUUUUUCAUGCAAAAUAUCAUAAAAUUUUGAAACAGUAAGCAAGAUUAUUCAUAUAACCCAUAAUAAGUGAACUACUGAUGGAAAGAAUAUUUGUAUAGCUUCUAUAGUGCCUAAGAUUAACAACAAUUAAAGUGCAGCAUUUAUACGUAUCAAAUAAGAUUACGUCUCAUUCAUGCAACAGACUUUGGUAUUUAGACAAUGAAGCAAUGGAAUAUUUCAAUUAAACAGACAUGUUAAACAAAUAAUAGUGUGAACUUUGACAUUAGUGAGAUAAGUUACAUUUGCUGCUAUUGAGAUAUUGAACACUGUAUUUUCAGAUCAUUAAUACUGCAAGUAAAAUGAUAUAUUUGAAACAUUCAGUUACCAGAAAGCUGUGAAAUAUUUAUUCUGUGCUUAACUACUGCCUGAUCUAGUUGCAGAUCUUAUUUGUAGUAUAGGCGAUUGUAAAAUCGUUUAAGGACAUUAUGCGAUGUUUAUAUACAUACUUAAAAAGAGUUAGAAAUAAAAUAUUUUCAAAUUCCA